AUAUAAUUUUAUAAAUAAUAACAUUAAAAAGUAACCUAAAAAUAAAAUUAAAAACCAUAAAAUAAAAUUCUUUUCAUUACGACUAGGGUAAAUUUGUUAGUGAUUACCGAGUGGGUAUCCCUUGCCGCGAGGUAAAAAGCAGGAAAUAACCGAAAAAGAAAGGACACGGAGGGAGAGCUGUUUGGCAAGGGACGGCUCUCUCUUUAUUCUUGCUUUCAUCCUUUUCUAAUGUGGUUCGAUUCCUCAAUCCCUAAGAAAACCGGCAUUCUUCAACUGUCCUCCUCCAUUUCCUAUUAAAUCAGAGGAAGAUGGAGACGAGCUUAAACGACGACGAAUCAUUACUUGCUCGCAUCCAACAGUUAGAACAUGAGCGUGACGAAUUGCGUAAAGACAUUGAACAAUUGUGUAUACAACAAGCUGGACCAAGCUAUCUUGCUGUGGCUACUCGAAUGCAUUUUCAAAGGCCUGCUGGAUUGGAUUAGGAGAUUGAGAACUUGAAAAAGAAAUUAGCUGGUUGCACCCGGGAUAACCAAAAUCUUCAAGAGGAGCUUUCCGAAGCUUAUCGAGUUAAAACUCAGCUGGCAGACCUAAACCGUGAGGAGGUUGCAAAGAAGAUGGAAGCUGAGAAGCAGGUUACGUUUUUCCAAGGCUGUGUGGCGGCUGCUUUUGCUGAACGGGAUCAUUCAAUAAUGGAGGCUGAGAAGGCUAAGGAAAAGGAGGAGCUCAUGGCUCAGAAAUUUAAUGAGUUUCAAACAAGGUUGGAAGAGCUCACAUCAUAUUGUCUUGAACAGAGCAGACGUAAUGAUGCACUGCAAAUUGAUCUUACAAAACAAAAAGAGGAAAAUGAAACUUCAAAGAAGAUUAUCAGCAAGUUUUAUGAGAUCAGGCAACAAGCUAUUGGAGAAUUAGAGGAUGCCAGUUGGGAUGAUAAAUGUAUGUGUCUCUUAUGUGAUCCUGCAGAAAUGUGGAGUUUCAAAGAUUCUUCCACCACUAAAUACAUUAGUUCAGUGGAAGAAGAGCUGAAAAGAGCAAGAAGCUCUGUCAAUGAUCUUCAGAACAAAUUGCGAGUGGGUUUGGAGAUUGAAAAUCAUUUAAAGAAGAAAGUUCUUGAAUUGGAAAGAAAGAAAAUCACUUCAGACAAAAAGAUUUUGAACAGGGUCACAGAAUUACUCCAUUGCCAUUCUCAGCACAGAAUUCAAAUUAUGAAUUUACUUGAUAUGGAAAGAUCACAUAUUAGAAGAUACGUUGAUUUAGUUGAAGAAAAAUUUAGGCAAUUUGAUUUGAGAGGGCGAAAUGUGCGGAGUGAUCUCAAACCAGAUGAAUAUGAGCAUGCAGAUGUACAUAUUAGUACUGAUGCUGAAGCUGAGUUGGUAUCCAAGAGGGAUAUGCUGGAUUUAAAUAUUGCCGAGAAAAAAGGUGAUAUGUCAGAAGCCCUUGCACGGGCAUUGCAAGAAAAGGUGGCGGCACUGCUGCUUUUAUCACAACAGGAAGAAAGACAUUUACUGGAGAGAAACGUUAAUGCAACUCUUCAAAAAAUAGACGAGCUUCAGAGAAAUUUGCUUCAAGUUACAAAUGAAAAGGUGAAGGCUCUCUUGGAGUUGGCACAGUUAAAGCGGAAAUAUCAGUUAUUGCAAGAGAAAAUCAGUAAUGAUAUGAAACAAGGGAAUGUUUUGGCUGAAGUCACAGACAGAAGAAUUGUUGAUUAUGAAAGGGAUGGAAGGCUAAGAAAUCUGCUAAAGAAAACAUAUCUGAGACGUUGGGUUGGUGCACUAGAUGCCAGGGGAAAUGAAGCUGAAGCUCAGCAAAAUAGCACGGAUUUUGCUAGAAUGAGGAUUGAAAAUGCUUCACUGAAGGAGAGCAUGGAAAGUGUGGACCACCUGACUUCUACACUUCACAGAUUGUGUCUUUCACUUCUUAAGGCAAUCUUCUGGUGUUCCCUCUUGUGUGCAAAACAAUCUCAAGAGUAUUACUCCAUGGAACCCGCCCGUUUGAUUUCUGCAUCUUUGAAUUAA